GCGUGCGCUCCCCGGGGAAGCAGCUGGCGCAUGACCCUCGGAGGAAGCGCUCGUCGGAGUUGGUGUGCAGCUGCAGCGGGGAGAAGAGCCUUGCUUCCUUGCCUGCUGCUCCGGGAGCUGUGUGUGUCUGCACAAGGUUCUUCCCUCAUUUCAAAUGUGUAUUGUAAUACUGGCUGCUUUAAUCAUUGCACGAAUUAAACCAACCUCCCACAAACAUGGCGGACGAGGACCUUAUCUUUUGUAUGGAAGGUAUUGAUAAUGCCAGGUCAACUAAAGCAGUCUCUGGAAAUUAUCCUGAUGCUGAUAGCGAGGAUGAGGAUAGUUAUUACAUCUGCCCGAUAACAGAUGACCCAGUAUCUAACAAGGUUGCAAACAACAAAGUCGCCAAUUAUUACAGCAACUUAGCAAAAGAUGAACAUUACAGAUCUAGCUCUUCUCCUAGAAACUCAUUCAAUUUUAAGGAAGCCUGGAAACAUGCCAUUGAGAAAGCUAAACACAUGCCUGAUCCCUGGGCAGAAUUUCAUCUUGAGGACAUUGAAACAGAAUAUGCCACACGUUAUAGGUACAACGCAGUUACUGGGGAGUGGGUCGAAGAUGAAGUUCUCAUCAAAAUGGCUUCACAACCCUUUGGCCGUGGAGCAAUGCGGGAGUGCUUCAGAACGAAAAAGCUGUCCAAUUUUUUACACACUCAGAACUGGAAAGGUGCAUUUAACUAUGUUGCCAAGCGAUACAUCGAGACUGUAGACAGGGAUGUAUACUUUGAGGAUGUCCGACUUCAAAUGGAAGCAAAACUUUGGGGAGAGGAGUAUAACCGGCACAAGCCACCAAAACAGGUUGACAUAGUGCAGACCAGCAUUAUUGAAAUGAAAAACAGACCUGGAAAGCCCCUCUUUCAUUUGGAACAUUACAUAGAGGGCAAAUACAUCAAAUACAACUCAAACUCUGGAUUCGUACGAGAUGACAACAUUCGCCUUACCCCACAAGCCUUUAGCCACUUCACAUUUGAGCGUUCAGGACACCAGCUCAUUAUUGUUGAUAUCCAGGGAGUUGGCGAUCUUUAUACAGACCCUCAGAUCCACACAGAGAGUGGCACAGACUUUGGAGAUGGCAACCUAGGUGUACGGGGUAUGGCUUUGUUCUUUCAUUCUCAUGCCUGUAACAAGAUUUGCAAAAGUAUGGGACUUACACCUUUUGAUCUUUCACCUAAAGAGAAGCAUGUCUUGGAUCAUAGUAACAAACUGCUUGAAUCUGCUCAGACAAUUGUACGUGGCACAGAGGAAAAAUGUGGCAGUAGCCGGGUGAGAACGAUCUCCGGUAGUCGGCCUCCUCUGCUUUUCCGCCUGUCUGAAAAUUCUGGAGAUGAGAGCAUGAGUGAUGUGGCAUUUGACUCCUUACCCUCUUCUCCCUCCUCAGCAACACCACAUAAAAUGGACAUGCUUCACUGGCCUGUGUUCAGUGAAGUGGAUAACUUGGUUCACAAAGACCACGAUCAUCUUGAUAACCAAAGGGACUCUGAAAAUGGUGGAGACAGUGGGUGCCCCAGUGAAAAGAGAAGUGACCUGGAAGAUAUGGAUCAUCGAGAAAGGGGCCAUUCAAACUACAACCGAAGACGUGAAUCUGACGAAGACAGUUUGGGAAGUUCUGCAAGGGUCAGUGUGGAGAAGUGGAAUCUCUACAACUCUUCCAGAGUCCACAUCCAUAGACCGUCCUGUGUUGCAGUGGAAGUUCAGAGACUCAAUGCACUGGAAUUUGAAAAGAAAAUUGGGAAAUCCAUCCUUGGGAAGGUCCAUCUGGCCAUGGUUCGCUACCACGAAGCUGGACGUUUCUGUGAGAAGGAUCAGGAGUGGGAUCAGGAAUCCGCUCUUUUUCACCUGGUGCAUGCUGCUGAUUGUGGAGAACUGGAAGCCAUCGUUGGGUUAGGACUCAUGUAUUCCCAGCUGCCACAUCACAUUCUUUCAGAGGUCACUUCAGAGGACACAGAGGAAAACCGAGGAAAAGGAUUUGAUUAUUUACUGAGAGCAGCAGAAGCUGGAGACCGGCCUUCCAUGAUUCUGGUAGCAAGAGCAUAUGACACAGGUGUAAAUCUUGGUUCAAACAGAAUCCAAGACUGGAAGGAAGCCCUGCACUGGUACAAUGCUGCACUGAACAUGACCGAUUAUGAUGAAGGGGGUGAAUACGAUGGAACUCAGGAUGAGCCCCGGUAUCUGCUCCUGGCGAGGGAAGCUGAGAUGUUAAUGACAGGAGGGUUCCACCUGGCCAAGGAUCCCCAAAGAUCAGGUGAGUUGUAUACAGAAGCAGCAGAAGCGGCAAUACAAGCCAUGAAGGGCAGAUUGGCAAAUCAAUACUACCAGAAAGCGGAAGAAGCUUGGGCAAUGAUGGAGGAAUGAAACUUCAAAUGAGGCAGCUCUUGUAUAUUAAAAAUAAUUUUUAUAGACUGUUA